AUGUUGUCUCGAAAUCUCACGCUGCCUCGCUUGGCUGUUCGUACAUUGAAAACAUCAGCACCGGUGGCCAGUGGGCAUCACAUCGAGCACUGGUGGGGUCCUGAGAAGGCAGCUGGACGUGAACUCGUCGGAUUUGGUGUCUCAGGGGAUAACGUUUAUUCGGAUCGCUUGGAUUAUUGGUAUCCGGCAAUCAGGUUCCGUAAAGAGGAUGAUAUAAUCGCGCCAAUCAGGAAGAAGGAACUUGGUGACUGGAAGAAUCUCACCCUUGAGGACAAGAAGCUCUUGUAUCGCUACAGUUUCAAGCAGACACUGGCCGAGUUUGAGGCUCCAAGCGGCUACUGGAAGGUCAUCGUCUCUGGUUUCCUCUUUGUCGUCUCCCUUGCAACAUUCUACAGCGUCUUCUUGAAUUGCUACGUCUUCCCUGAGAUCCCACCCACGUUCCAGAAUGAAUAUAAGGAAGCACAGGUCAAGAGGGCGCUUGUUCUCGAAAAGGGCAAAUUCUUGGGUGCACCCAAAUACUAUGAUUACGAAAACAACAAGUGGAAGUAA